CGGGGGGAGCAGCUGUCACACUGACGCUCCCUGCUGGAUGCUUUCAGCUAAAAUGGCGUCCGAGAACGGCUCCGAGUCACAAGAUGAGAAGGCAGCUCCAACGGAGACUGACCCUGAGCAGGAUGUCCGUGAGCAGGGCGGCACAGUUGUUGCCAAACGGGAGUCGAAGUUGACGCUCUAUCACUGGACUCAGUCUUUCAACUCCCAGAAGGUACGUCUGGCCAUAGCCGAGAAAGGUUUGUGUUGCAAAGAGUAUGACGUGAGCCUGCCUCUCAGUGAACACAACGAGCCAUGGUUCAUGCACCUGAAUCCCACCGGUGAGGUCCCAGUCCUGGUCCACAAUGACAGCGUCAUCUGUGACCCGACGCAGAUAAUGGACUACCUGGAGCAGAACUUUAAUGAUGAAGGCACUCCCAAGCUGGUUCCUGAGGAGGGCAGCAGGUACUAUCUCAGAGUGCAGCACUACAGAGAGCUUUUGGACUCACUACCAAUGGAUGCCUACACACAUGGCUGCAUCCUGCAUCCCGAGAUCACUGUGGACUCCCACAUCCCGAAAUAUGCUGCCACAUCCAUACGAACACAGAUCAGCAACACACAGUCCGAGCUGGAGAAACUGGCUGAACAGAACCCAGAGCUUAAAGAUGCUUAUAUAGCAAAACAAAGGCGCCUGAAAUCAAAGUUAUUUGACCAUGACAACAGGAAGUACCUGAAGAAGCUUCUGGAUGAACUUGAAAGUGUGAUGGACCAGGUGGAGACAGAGCUACAGAGAAGGGUGGAGGAGACUCCAGAAGACGGCAGCCCCUCCUGGCUCUGUGGGGACUUCUUCAGCAUGGCCGACGUCUCUUUAGCGGUCACUUUACACCGCUUGAAGUUCCUCGGCCUCUCCCGCCGCUACUGGGGCAAUGGUAACCGCGUCAACGUGGAAACAUACUACGAGAGGGUGGUGGAGCGGCCGGCCUUCAGGAGAGUCCUGGGUCACGUCAACAACAUCCUGAUCUCUGCCGUCCUGCCCGUGGCGUUCCGAUUGGCCAGGAAGAAUGCACCGGUCAUAUUCGGUACCACUCUGCUGAUAGGGAUUCUGGGGGGAGCUUCAUACCUCGCUUUCCACUACAUGAAAAGGAGGCUGACUUUCUUCAGCUGAGGGAGUCGGGGAUGGUUAGGGAAAGAAAGAGUGCACAAUAAAAAAUGUAAGCCCUGGCAAUCAGUCAACAAACAUCAGCAAAACACAACUGAACCAACCAUAAUUAUUUUCUGCGUUGCUUGUUGUAUAAAAUGCACUUUUAUCCACACAUUCAGCUGCAGUACAAAGCAAAGGACUGACUUCAAGGGCCAUGCUUGUUCCUUUGCAUGUUUUGCAUUCUUUUCAGUCACAUACCAAAGUUGGUCUGACGGCCCGUGAACAGGACAGUGUUCUCCUGCUAUGCUUUGGUAGGAGGUGUGUGUGCUGGCUUGUAUGUAUACAAAGAUGAGAGCAGUAAAAGUCUACAUACUGUAAUAGGGUCCAUGUGACUGCACGUGACUACCAAACCUAAAAAAGAAGUACAAUUAUUUAUACCUGCAAUGAUAGCAUAACAAAAGGGGAUUUAAACAAAUGCAAAGGCCGUGUCACACAACUUAAACUGACUGGAAGUUCAAAAGCACCAGAAAUUUUAGGCAUCUAAAUGUGAGCUUAAACUGUUACUAAGAUUCCAACAUGUUUUUCCUAACUUGUGCUUGUCAUUUGCUGUUUCAUUGGGAUUGAUAUUUGCAGGUUGAAACAUUAAAAGCAAGUACACCCAAAGUCCACAGUCUUUUUUCUGUAAAGAAAUUUGACAAUGUUAAACUUUCUGAUCUGUCGUGUUGUCAAAGUACUUUUAAAUCUGGCUGUACAAAUAAGAAAAAACAACUUUCUAGCCAUCUUUUGUCAUCACUUUUAUUGCUCCACAUCACUGAUGAUGCAAGGUAUGAUUGAUUCUCCGUUUAACAAUUGCUGAAUGAAUACUUUCACAGUCUUACUUGCAUAUGUGGACAAUUGUGCCCAACAUCUGUCAGGAAUUAAAAUGCUCCC